ACACACAUAUAAACAUAGAUACACCGUACACACACAUUCGCUCACCCACCCAUACUCACGAAGACUGUGACAAAUACAAAUCUAUUUCCUGGAAAACAGUGGAAUUUUUCUUUGUUUUGGAUGCACUUCAAUUAAACCUGUCUUGACGUGGAUUUCACCCAUUAUUAAUUUCAUGCCCAGACAUGUAUUACUCUCGGCUUCUCCUCUGUUCACUGCCUUGUUUAUUACGAAUCCACUCUCGCCUCCCUGAUCACACGAGGACGUUUUGAAGCAGCUAACAGUCACAGUCGAUAUUUGCAACUGUGGAUUUAUUCCUAAAAAAAAAAUCACCGGCAUCUCUGGACUCUGUAACAGCUGAAGUUUGAACAAAGAGGAGAUGACUGCUGUACCUGCAUCGCUCUGCUGCGCUGUGCUGCUUUUAUCCUGUGUGUUUGCUGACCAGAAAAUCCUCACAGCUGAGACUAGACAAACUGUCAUCCUGCCCUGUCAAGCUCAAAACAACAAUGAUCCUGAACCCGUUGUAGAGUGGAGCAGAGCUGAUUUGGACCCAGAAUAUGUCCUUUUGUUCCGGGAUGGUCACUUUGAUCCAGUCAAACAGCAUCCAUCCUUUAAGAACCGGGUGGAUCUGCAGGACAAAGAGAUGAAGGAUGGAGACGUGUCUUUGAUUCUGAAGGAUGUGACGACCAAUGAUGCUGGAACAUACGAGUGUCGUAUCAGAAAAAAAAGCACAAGCAGAGCUGUUCUAAGAUUUGAGCCCAUCAGCAUCAUCGCCCUUAGAGUUUUUCCUCCAGGUCAGGUAGGAAGGAGUAACGAUGGAGAGGAUGAGGACGAUGGAUCUGCUGGGCUGACAGCUGGUCUGUCAGUUUGUGCUGGACUUCUUGUUGUUGUUGCAGCUGUUGUUGGACUUUUGAUCUACAGAUACAAAAACAGAGUCAAGCCAGUGACAUGCAGCCUGUCUGAAAUGUCUGAGCUUUUUUAG